AUGAAUUUAGUUCCUUUUCAAUCUGCACCACUUCUUGAACCUAUGCAGUUUCCAGUAUUACCACCCAAACCACCAAAUUCAAGUUCCUUUUGGGAGACCAGAAAUGUUUGCGGUCGGUUCUGGGAAUUGCAGGAUACGCUAAAUCUUGUAAAGGGAAUGCAAAAGGAACAAGAGAUGUUGAAAAUGAUAAGAGACCGUGGAGGGUCUUUAGAGGGUUUAACUCAUGGCUCAAACGGAACUUACCUUUUGAGUUUUCUAAAAUAUGUUGUAGAUGAAGCAAGUCCAUGGGAAGAGAAAUCGGCAGUGGCAAGGUUUACAAGUAAAGUGCAUAAGUCUAAACGGAAUCAACUCUGGAGGAAGAAAAAAAGGAAGCGUAUUGCGGAAAUAAUGGACCACGAGUGGUUCGCCCAAAUUGACCAGGAAGCUGAUGAAUGGAGGGCUAUGGAGAUUGCCAAGGAAACUGAAGAUAACAAGGUCAAAAAGAUGAAAGAAAUUGCAAAGCUUAAAGUCAAAGAAGAGAAGAAGAAACUAGAGUCUCAGCUGGAGCUGCUCUUGGUGGUGGAGAAACUUCAAGAAUUACGCUCCAUAAGGAUACAAAAGUUAAAAAAACAAGGCCAUUUUCUCCCAGAGGAGGAUGACAGGUUUCUUGAGCGAGUUCAGGCUGCAGUGGAAGAAGAGGAGCGUGAAGCUUUGGCAGCAGCUGAAACAGAUGAUGCUAAAGACGAAAUUGCAAUUGCCUAG